AAUCUAAAAAUAUUUAUGCAGAAAUUUCAAGGUGGUAAGAUUGGAACAACUUUGAUUGGGAGAUGGUUCGCCCCACUAAACGAAUCUAACAAUCUCGACAAGGCUGCUGCAAAACGAGCAUUCGAUUUUUUCGUUGGAUGGUUCUUGGAUCCAUUGGUGUAUGGAAAAUAUCCAAAGAUAAUGAGAGAGAUGGUAGGAGAUAGAUUGCCAGAAUUCACAUCGGAGGAAUCAGCUUUAGUAAAAGGAUCACUUGAUUUUUUAGGGUUGAACUAUUACGUUACACAAUAUGCAACCGACGCACCUGCUCCAACACAACCUAGUGCAAUAACGGAUCCACGAGUUACUCUUGGAUUUUACCGCAAUGGAGUUCCUAUUGGUGUUGUGGCUCCUAGCUUCGUCUACUAUCCUCCAGGAUUCCGUCAGAUUCUAAACUACAUCAAAGACAACUACAAAAAUCCACUUACCUACAUCACCGAAAACGGAGUUGCUGAUCUUGAUCUUGGAAACGUAACGCUUGCAACUGCUCUUGCCGAUAAUGGACGAAUUCAAAACCAUUGCAGCCAUCUCUCUUGUCUCAAAUGCGCCAUAAAGGAUGGAUGCAACGUAGCAGGAUAUUUUGCAUGGUCACUGAUGGACAAUUACGAAUUCGGAAAUGGUUACACUCUCCGGUUUGGUAUGAAUUGGGUCAACUUCACUAAUCCUGCUGAUCGAAAAGAAAAAGCUUCUGGAAAAUGGUUCUCUAGGUUCCUCGCAAAAUAAGUGGAAGCCGGCCCUUGAUAUAAAUCCAAACCUCGAACGUAAUAACAAUGGUACUGUAUGUAUUAUUAUUUUUUAAGACUACCUAAACCUUAAGUGUAUUGUAUGUUGUUAAUAAUGUUGUGAUAAUCGGAUCUCAUUUCGGGGCCAGUUCAUUAAUAAAUAAAAAUGUAUUUGAA